AUGGGAUCUGAAAGAAAAUACGAGGAAUAUCAUCUCCUCGCUCCGGAAGAAGGAGCAGUAAAUGAGCUUUUGCCUCAAACCCAUGGAAACCUCUCUAGCUACUGGUUAUCGCUCAGACCUCUUCUUCCUUGGCGAACUUUCUUCGCUAUUCUAGCAGUUUUAUUAUUAUUGAUCGUUAGCUUCACUCUUGGAUAUGAGAUUCGGACUAUUAUGGGUACGACGGGUAUCUCACCGUAUCUGAAUCUUGGCCAUACACAGGCUGAUACUCUUUGGUGGAAUACGGAGUAUAGCAGCGAAAAUGCGACAGACACUAGACUCAACGAACUUUGGGAUACCCAUAUCCCCUGGGAAAGUGGUAUCAUUGCGCUCACUAACGAGGAAGCACGUGCAAUGGAUCUUCCAGAGUCCCAGCCUUUUCCUUGGGAUGCUAGCCGGAAAAGGAUUUAUAUCGUCAAUGCCCACCAUAUCCUCCAUUGUGUAAGAAAUAUUUACAUUUCGAUCCAACAAUACCGCACAAACACACCGCAGACAAUUAACUAUCCCCACAUACUUCAUUGUCUAGAUAGUCUUCGCGUGGAAACCAUUUGCAGUGCGGACGACACGCUCCGCUACGUGCCCCUUAACUCGGCCCACGGUUUUCGACCAGGCGACGGCCAGUUGCGCAAGUGUCGCAACUGGAGUCAAGUGCAAGAGUUUGUUGAAGCUCAUGACCCUUGCUAUCGCUAUCUUAAGCCAGGAGAUUCCAAAUUAUCGAAUCUAGAGCGAUUCAAGUUCUGCCCGCCAGACUCAGAGUACAUACCCAAAAUUCGAAAAUACUUCGGUUACGGGGAUGACUGGACACCUCAGCCGCAAGAGGGCCCAAGAGAGCUUGAGUGGUGA